UAAUAGACAUCAUCAUUCAUUCCUGGACCAGGAAGUAAGGUCUGAUGUGAAUAUGUCUUUAACGCCACAUCAUCUCAAUGUCCAUCUUCUGUCCACGUCACUCCCAGUGGACGUUGCCCAGCUUGAUGGUCAGUGAAAUGAACUCCUGGUAAUGGAUUCACAGUGAAAGGAUGCUUGGAUAGCUAUGCUGACCAAUGGCUAUCUGGCAAUACCACUGACCAAGUCCACUUGGUGGAACUGAGCUUUGAGAAAGAUGAUGAAACGACUGAAGCGCCGGCUUUCCCUGACUCUAAGGGGGGGUCGCCCCGGCGAAGACAGUCUGUCGGAACUUGCGGAACAGUUAACAAUAGAAGAAACAAGCGACAUUGCUGUACGAGAAAAUGGCAUUGUACACGAGAACCCCAGAAUCGGAUCUGAUGGAGAAAGUGAGGAGGUAUCAGUCACGUCGGACGAGAAAGAGGAUGUCAUCUCUCCCGUCCGACUCCGCAACAAACAGAGGAGGUUUAGUGAGGAGGUGACAAAGAGGUUGUCUCUACCGGCUGACAUCCGUCUUCCAGAAAAUUUCCUAGCACGCCAAAAUCUGACCCUUAGUCCCGAUGGCCAACUGUCACGGAGGUCACGGAGGAAGUCUCUGUCUGAAAUUGGUUUUGGAAAGAUUGAAUCCUAUACCAAACUGGACAAGCUUGGGGAGGGAACAUAUGCAACAGUGUUUAAAGGGAAAAGUCGACUUACUGACAACCUGGUUGCCUUGAAAGAAAUCAGGCUGGAGCACGAAGAAGGGGCUCCCUGUACAGCCAUCAGGGAAGUGUCACUGCUAAGAGAUCUGAAGCACGCCAAUGUCGUCACACUACAUGAUAUAAUACACACGGACAAGUCUCUGACGCUUGUCUUUGAAUAUCUCGAAAAGGAUCUCAAACAGUAUAUGGAUGACUGUGGCAACAUCAUGAGCAUGACCAAUGUUAAGAUAUUUUUGUACCAGUUAUUACGAGGGUUGGCGUACUGUCACAAGCGCCGUGUACUCCAUCGAGACCUGAAACCACAAAAUCUUCUAAUCAAUGAGCGUGGGGAGCUGAAGCUGGCAGACUUUGGUUUAGCCAGAGCAAAGUCAAUUCCAACCAAGACAUAUUCAAAUGAAGUUGUCACAUUGUGGUACCGCCCACCGGAUGUGUUACUAGGGUCCACAGAGUACUCAACACAGAUUGACAUGUGGGGAGUUGGGUGUAUUUUCUACGAGAUGGCAUGCGGCAGGCCGCUGUUCCCCGGCUCCACGGUGGAGGAUGAGCUCCACCUCAUCUUCAAGACACUUGGAACUCCUUCAGAUGAAGAGUUCUCAGGAAUCUCGACCAAUGAGGAGUUUGUCUCCUACAACUUUCCAUUCUACAGACCAGAACCUCUCAUCAAUAUAGCACCAAGAUUGGAUUCUGAUGGUUUAGACAUUCUAGCCAGAUUUUUAAAGUACGAGGGGAAGAGCAGGAUAUCGGCCGCCCAGGGGAUGAAGCAGCCAUUCUUCACAUCCUUCGGCCCUUCAAUACUGCGACUGCCUGACACUGUUUCCAUAUUCACAAUACCAGGAGUAUCUCUACAUCGGGACCCCGGGAUGAGGUCAUCGUCCGUAGCAACAUCAGGCAACCGUCGCCGCCAAAGUAUGCUGUUCUGAUGAAACACAAACUUAGACAAUGGAAUAAUCAACACUACCAGGUGCUCAUGGGUACAAGGAGAGACCCCUGGAGGUGAGCUGCUCAAGGGGGGUAAUCCAUGCCCCGACAGAGCACGAGUCCCGCCCGGAGUUGUAGGCCCUGAACUGAGCAUGAUGGACAACUGCAGAAAAAACAGAGAUCAAAUCUGAUCGAUGAUGAACAAUUACAUCAGCUGAGAUCAUAAGGAAAUAUGAACGCAAAAAAUGACGAGGAGAAACGCCAUAUAAUGGGGUAUUCCUGGUUGAGGCUGCAGGAAGGACAUCAUGGUCCUAACAACUACCAAGAUGUAAUAUUUGUGUAUUUAUUUUGUCUCUAUUUUAAUGUAAUUUAUUUAUUUUGCUAAAAAAUUCAACCACAGCAUCAAGUGGUUUCUUUAGAAAAAACAUAAUGGCGUAAGACUUCUGCAGGCAGAAUGUGUUGGGUGUGGGACUUGUAUGAUCGUAUCACUGUGUAUUUGUGCAGAUAGUUCACAUAAGUAGGCGUCUAAAGGCUUGCUUAUUGAUGACUAGUAUUUAGGCAGAUAGCAUGUGUGAUCAUGUGAUUUUCAGACAGAACUAACGCUACUGUGCUUUGCUGUAUUUUUGUUGAAGUCAUUAUAAAUCUAAGGGUGAUAAUGUUUUCGAUACAACACUAAAUGUUAAGGUCAAGGUCAUAAGGUUACAGGGGUCGACGUUAUAUUUUUAUAUUUUCACGUUGUUAUCGGUCGGGUAUCAAAAAUGGAAACUAAUGUGUGAAAAAGAACAAAAUUUAACCAUGUAUUAAGACAUUUUACAACAGAAAUAUAUCAAAGCACAGCAGAAUAGUCAGAUUAUUGAACGAUGUUUGUUAGGAAUGGGACUUUAGUAGCCAUAUCCUCAGGUCUUAAAUAUUCAGAUAUACAAUAUUUAGAAACACUUUUUUGUAAAGGCAUUUAUGUACAUGCUCUAUUUUCAUCUGAUGUCAUGUUUUAAGCUGUCAUUGUAUGUCCUUGCCAUGCUGUUUUAAUGUCAAUGUACAAAAAUGUUCAUUUAUGGCUCAAAGAGCUAAUACAUACCAGUGUAUCAGAACAGUCAUCAGUCAGGGGCCAUGGAGGGAUACGGUGAAAAACUGGCUUUAAUAGAAUCGGUUUUCUGAGUUGAUAUUCUGGCUUGAAUGGCUGAAUCAAAUGAUGUCUGAAAAUUGAUACUAAUUAAACAUUAUGAGAGAAUAUUCAAGCACAAAAGCUUGAACAAACAACAAUGGAUAUGGAGAUAUUUAUAUACUAGUAGGUUAUAGGCAUAUGAAUGCAUUGAUGUAUUGACUAGUGGCAUAUGUAAGACUAUUGAUCUAGGAGAAGGGUUAAAUUGGUCGAAGGAUUGGAAAAAUUAUACCUGGUUAAUGAAAUGAAUACAGUCAAAACAGUUGUCUAUUUGUUUGCUUAAGGAAAAAUGUGCAAGUGGUAUAGGAUUGAAAACAGCUAAAACAUGAAAGCAUUAUAUAUCGUUAACAUUUUGGUUCAAUUAUUGUACAAUUUAUACUUGUGUAUUGUCGGUUUUCAUCAAGUUUUCGAUGACACAGGUUCAUUUGACAGAACUUACAGUUAAUGCAAUAAAUGCUUUAGUUACCAAUAUACUUGAACUAGAAGUGCUUUUGAAAAUUUAGUGAACGUUUGUUAGUUAUGUUUAGUUCAUGAGUGAUUGCUAGUUAAUUUUGGGAAUGGUCAGUUUGGGGAUCAGGAAAAGUGCCAAAAUACUGCCAAUAUGGAAAAAUGGCAUCAGGCAUAAACGUCUCUGUGAAUUAGUCUAGUUGAGUGUGUUCUUACGUUCUACACAAGCAGCAGUGGUUUUUGUUCCAAUAAGAUUUCAACUAUUUUAAAAGUAAAAUGUGAAUUGAACUUUGUAAGUUAAAUUAUGCAUAUUUUUCGUAUUGACAAAACCAAGCCUAGGGUGAUGUUGCCCAGUAUUGAUCGAUCUGGCGGAAGACUUUCAGGAAUCAUUAUUUAAUUUCAGUUUGUGUGUUAUUAUGUUCAUUGUGCUCUCAUUUCCAUUUCGUAUUGCAACAUAUACACGUAUACACUUCUCAUAUACACUUCUCAUAUAUACAUUUUAUUGAUAAAUCAUGAUCUAAUUAAUUUGUACAUUUACUCACCUGUACAAAUAAAAGAAAAUAUACCUUUUAAUUUGAUAUAUGACUUGAUCUUACAUACCCCAUGACAGGUUGAAGGAAGCUGAAGUCAAGACAGGGUCAGUGUUUUGGAGAGAAAGGGAUUAUAUUUCUUAACAGUGUGGGGCGGUUGGGUAGCCUAGUGGUUAAAGCAUUGGCUCGUCACGCUGAAGACCCGGGUUCGAUUCCCCAC